CCCCCAGCGUGCUGUGCGCGGCGGCGGGGCGCGGGCAUCCUGGGGCGGAGCUUCCGGCGGCGUUAGCGAGCGUCUUCCGGCCACGCGCGAGGGGGGUCCGGUGGCCCUCCGGGACAUGCAGCCCCCAGGACCCCGACGCUGGAGCCUGCUCUGACACCCCCAGCAUGCGGGCGCUGCUCAGCACACUCUGGCUGGCCCUGGCCUGUGGCUCUGUGCACACCACCCUGUCAAAGUCAGAUGCCAAAAAGGCUGCCUCGAAGACACUGCUGGAGAAGACUCAGUUUUCAGAUAAGCCGGUCCAGGAGCGGGGGCUGGUGGUGACCGACCUCAGAGCUGAGGACGUGGUUCUUGAGCAUCGCAGCUACUGUUCGGCCAAAGCCCGGAGGAGGCACUUUGCUGGGGAGGUCCUGGGCUACGUCACUCCGUGGAACAGCCAUGGCUACGAUGUCGCCAAGAUCUUCGGGGGCAAAUUCACCCAGAUCUCCCCUGUGUGGCUGCAGCUGCGGAGGCGCGGCCGCGAAAUGUUCGAAGUCACGGGCCUUGACGGCGUGGACCAAGGGUGGCUGCGGGCCGUCAGGAAGCAGAGCAGGGGCUUACGCAUUGUGCCUCGGCUGCUGUUUGAGGACUGGACUCCCGAGGACUUCCGGGACACCCUGGACAGCGAGGAUGAGAUAGAAGAGCUUGGCAGGAGCAUCGUGCAGGUGGCCAAGAGCCAGCACUUCGACGGCUUCGUGUUGGAGGUCUGGAGCCAGCUGCUGAGCCAGAAGCACAUGGGCCUCAUUCACAUGCUGACCCAUGUGGCCGAGGCGCUGCACCAGGCCAGGCUUCUGGCCAUCCUGGUCAUCCCGCCUGCCGUCAGCCCCGGGACCGACCAGCUGGGCCUGUUCACGCAGAAGGAGUUUGAGCAGCUGGCCCCCGUGCUGGACGGCUUCAGUCUGAUGACCUAUGACUACCCCACAGCACAGCAGCCCGGCCCCAACGCGCCACUGUCCUGGGUGCGAGCCUGUGUCCAGGUCCUGGACCCCAAGUCCAGGUGGCGGAGCAAGAUCCUCCUGGGGCUCAACCUCUAUGGCAUGGACCACUCGGCCUCCAGGGACGCCCGCGAGCCCGUCAUCGGGACAAGGUACAUCCAGCUGCUGAAGGAGCACAGGCCCCGGAUCGUGUGGGACAGCCAGGCCGCUGAGCACUUCUUCGAGUACAAGAAAAGCCGUGGUGGGAGGCACGUCGUCUUCUACCCUACGCUGAAGUCCUUGCAGGUGCGGCUGGAGCUGGCCAGGGAGCUGGGUGUUGGGGUGUCCAUCUGGGAGCUGGGCCAGGGCCUGGACUACUUCUACGACCUGCUGUAGGCCCAGUCUGGAGCCGACCUGCGCUUUCCCAAGAGACAGAAGGACUGAUGUGCAAAAUACAGACUCUUCUCCAUUCUC